AUGAGCUCGGUGCUCGAGAGCGAAACAGAAAGCAGUGCUAGCCAGUCCCAGUUCGACAGCAGCCAGGGUGUCAUAAACUCGUCUGCACAUCAUACACAAGAGUCGUUACAGAAUCGACUGGAAGAAUAUAACGAACGGUUGAACAGACUUCAACUGCCUUCUGCAAGCGAUGAUGACAUUCCAACAAGUGCGACUACAGACAAUAGCUUUAGAGAUGAAUACGAUUCUAUAAAUAUAGAAGACGAACUUCCCUUGGAGACAUCUGCUUACAUGGGUAGCCAAGUAAGCGAGGAGAGAUCUGCUUCGUCAUCACCAUUAGAACCAAUGGAAGAGCAGCACCAGCAGCCGCAACGCCCAAUCCGACCUCAAAAGAUUUCUAUAAGAUUCCAGCCGAUCGGAUCAAUAGCCCAGGUAGAUCCCCAGGUAUGUAAACUUGGCAGUUCUCAUACGUUUGCGAUGGUAACGAUGUUUUUAUGCAAGAAACUAAGGUUAGAAGAUGUUCAUUGUUACAUUAGCAAUUCAUUCGCACCAACUCCACAACAGAAUGUUGGUCAGCUCUGGGAGCAAUUCAAAGUAAAUGAUGAGCUUGUAGUAUCUUACUGUGCAACAGUUGCCUUUGGAUAA